AUGUCGCUUGAUCAGUCGGUGCGGACAUUCCGACUCUUCGAAAUCCUACGCAGUGGCGACACGACUGCCAUCUCCAAGGCUAUCAAGGAGAGUAGAGAUCCCCAAGCGGCGAACGGUCUUUCCGGCACCACCAUUGUUCAUCUUGCGAUCCAAUGUGCGGAGCCCCAGGUUGUCGAGUACGUUUUGUCGGCGGGUGAGGAUCUGGAUAUUAACACGCGCGAUCGGGAUGGCAAUACCCCGCUACACCUCGCUGCUCAGCUUGGCAGAGGGCCGGUAGUGCGUGAGCUGCUGAACAGACCCUCUGUUAAUGAUUCGAUCGUCAACUACCGCGGUCAGACCGCUCUCGAAGUUGCACGCAACCCGGAGAUUUUCCAGCAACUCCAACUGGCCCGGUCGCUUUUCAUCGAUAGUAAGACCCAGGAGAUCCAAACUCUUAUUGCCCAUGGUGAUUAUGAUACGUUGGAGAAGCUGUUGGUGGAGCCCCGUGUUGAAGGAAUAAUGGACGUCAAUGCUUUGGAUUUGGUUACGGAUCCCACUACCGCCCAUUCUGGCGGCACUCUUCUACACGAGGGAGCUAGAAAGAAGGAUACAAAACUUAUUCAGAUCCUCUUGAUGCAUGGAGCCGACCCCUUCCGUCGCGAUAAGAAGGGUAAAUUGCCCCAAGAUGUGACAAAGGAUGAUAGGACAAGGGCUAUUGUCAAGAAGUCCCCUGCGGCUGUUAUCGCUCAGCGGGGUAUCCAGGAAAAGGCGAUUCUCGGAACCAGCUCUGGCCAAGGUGUUACGGGACGACCUGGUGCCGGAGAGGCUUCGUUUGCAGGCAAGGAUUCCCGUGAAAUGAGAGGCUAUUUGAAAAAAUGGACGAAUUACACCAGUGGCUAUAAGCUGAGGUGGUUUGUCCUUGAGGAUGGGGUCUUGAGUUAUUAUAAACAUCAAGAUGAUGCGGGCUCUGCCUGCCGCGGAGCCAUUAAUAUGAAGAUCGCUAGGCUCAACAUGGAUUCUCAGGAUAAGACUCGCUUUGAAAUUCAUGGAAAGUCGUCCGUCAAGUACCAUCUCAAGGCGAACCAUGUUGUAGAGGCGAAGCGUUGGUUUUGGACCCUCAAUAAUGCCAUUCAAUUCGCAAAGGAUGAGGCGAAAGAGGAAGAAAGGCGCCAGUCAAAGCAUGCGGAGGUGCUACGCCAGGCCAAAAUUGAACAGAUCGAAGGUCGACCCAGCGAAGCGCCUUCCGAAUCUCCAAGCCAUACCACUUCGAAGUCGAAUGGGAAGGGUCUGGCUCCUUUCGCGCUAGGCGUCCCGAGCAGCAGUGGUGCGAAGCUCAGCACAUAUACGUCUCGCACAACCUUGGAUAGUGUGCCUGUCGAUGAGGAUGGCUCCUUGUAUGGUUCUUUCGAGCAGGGUCCCUCCGAUGAGAUGAAUAGGAUUUCGAGCCAUGUAACUACUGGCCCUGAUAUGGAGGGUGACGAGGAUGACUAUGGAGAUUAUGUGUCCAGCCGCGACAUGCCAGUAGCCGACAAGGAUGCCAUGAAUAUCACUGCGCAAUCUGCGAAGCUUCAGCUGGAGAUCCUUGCCAAUGUUGCCUCUUCUCUACAAGUGGAGAAGACGAGGGAUCCGAGUGUGGCACUUUCGGAUCCGGCCGUUGAUCAAGCUCUUACCGCGUACGAGGCGGCUGUGAAUAGCCUCAAGGGCCUGGUGCAGAAUCUGUUGAAGAUAUCCCGGGAUCGCGAUGCGUACUGGCAGCACCGGCUCACCCGGGAAGCCUACCUCCGUAAGAUGUGGGAAGAGAGCAUGGCACGUAUUGCUCAAGAACACGAGGAGCUCCAAUCUAAAAUGGGCGAGUCUGAAGAAAAGAGACGCCGUACUAAGCGGGCUCUGAAAGAAGCCCUGGAGAAUUCUUCAAGUGCCCCUAGCCGCAUCCCCAGCAAAGUUGCGUCGGGUGCACAAGUUUCUGGCGAAGCUGAUGUUGACGUUGAAGGGGAUCUGACGGCAGAACAAUUACAAGCUGCAGAAGACCCUAAGGAACAGGAAUCCGCGUCCCAACUUCGCCGUACGAAAUCCGCUCUUUCGCAGAUCAAUAGCCUUUAUGACUCGGAAUCGGAUGAUGGAGAGGACGACGAGUUCUUCGAUGCAAUCGAUUCGGGAGAGAUCGAAGUCGAGGAUCUCACUCCUGCAGAGACGGCGGAAGAAGAGGAAAAGGUUCAGGAUGAGAUAAACAAGCUCCGUGCUAUCAGGCGCGAUGAAGUGUCACCUUCGUUCAAGGGAUAUGAGGAGGGUAUUAGACAUAGACUUAAGAUGGACUAUGACAACCGACCAAAGAUUUCUCUCUGGGGCAUCUUGAAGUCUAUGAUUGGUAAAGAUAUGACGAAAAUGACUCUUCCGGUCUCGUUUAACGAACCCACCUCGUUGCUCCAACGUGUGGCCGAAGAUUUGGAAUACACCGAUCUCCUCGAUGUUGCAGCCGACCGGACUGAUUCUCUUGAGCGGUUGGUGUAUGUUGCUGCUUAUGCGGCGAGUGAAUACGCUUCGACAAUCGGUCGUGUGGCAAAACCGUUUAACCCGCUCCUGGGGGAGACCUUUGAGUAUGUUCGACCAGACAAGGGCUAUCGGUUCUUCGUCGAACAAGUUAGCCACCAUCCACCAAUUGGGGUUGCGCUGGCUGAGUCGCCCAAGUGGGACUACUGGGGAGAAUCAUCUCUCAAGUCGAAGUUCUACGGGAAAUCUUUUGAUAUCAAUCUUUUGGGAACCUGGUUCUUGAAGUUGCGACCCGCCUGCGGAGGCGAAGAACUCUACACCUGGAAGAAGGUCACAUCCUCGGUUAUUGGCAUCAUUACUGGAAAUCCUACCGUUGAUAAUUACGGUCUGAUGGAAAUCAAGAAUUGGACUACUGGUGAGGUCUGUUACCUGGACUUCAAGCCGAGGGGCUGGAAAGCAUCGUCUGCAUACCAAGUCGCAGGCAAGGUUGUCGAUGCUGACGGUUCGCCUAAAUGGAGUAUUGGUGGCCGCUGGAAUGACAAGAUCUAUGCCCGCCAUACCCCUGGGUAUGAAGCACCGGUUUCUGGCCAGGAUCCCGAGUCGGCCAAGACGAUUUUGGUUUGGCAGGCUCAUCCUCGCCCGACUGGAAUUCCGUUCAACUUGACCCCGUUCGUCAUCACCCUGAACGCGCUCACUGACAGUCUGCGACCACAUCUCCCGCCGACCGACACCCGACUUCGUCCCGAUCAACGGGCGAUGGAGGAAGGUGAGUAUGAUUUGGCCGCUACCGAGAAGCAUCGGGUUGAGGAAAAGCAACGAGCCAAGCGACGUGAGAGGGAGACCAAUGGUGAAGAGUACCGGCCUAAGUGGUUCAGCAAGGCUCAGUGUGCUGUCACUGGAGAAGAAUACUGGGCACACACUGGCGAUUACUGGGGUUGUAGGGAGAAGACGGAUUGGAGCAACUCUCCACUUCGGUCUCCCAAUGCCUCCAGUUCACGACGAGCAUACGGCUCUUGUGCUUCGCUGACGCGAAGAUUUGGAUCCCGCAACAAUGCCGGUCUUUGGUCGAAGAAUUCUCUCCUUCCCACUCCAAUAAACUCUUCGACAACCCUGCGCGUCUCGCCUAUGGUGCAGAAAGCGACGUCUGCAACAUCGACCCCUUCCCCCGAGACCCGAGUUCUCCUAAAACGUAACAAUCUCUUCCACCCUUUCUCCCAGUCCCCGGCCCCGGCAAUCCGACAGCGUGCAGCUUUCAUCAAGCAAAAUGCAUUCUGCCCCCAUCCUAGCCACCAGCAGACUCGGAUGCCGGUUUCCCCACAUGACCCGGAAUCGCGCAAAAGCACCGAAACCUCAGGUCUUCCUCCGGCCCACUCGCACUUUGAAUGCCCGGACUGUGGUGUCCCAAUUUACUGCUCGGAGGGACACUGGAUGGAUGAUUUUGAAGCCCAUUUGGAGGUUUGCGAGACCAUCAGACAGAUCAACGAGGAUGACCAUGAUUUGCACUCGGGACGCUUCUUCCCCGAAUUCUCGUACCCUGGACCCCCCCAGGAUGAUAACUUUGUCAUCAACAUGACCAAUUGGGAUACUUUCCUGUACACGCGGGAGUUUGAGGCUAUUAACGAUGAUCGGAGCAUGCGGCAGGUGACCCGAAUGCUCACUUAUCCGCUUACUAUCGGAAGUGUCUUGCAUGAGCUGAGCCCGUACAGCAUCCGAAAGGAUAGCAGACUUACAACUGAAGGUCUUAAGAGCAUUAGCGCGCUCCGGUACUCUCUUCAUCCUCCUAGGACCGGAGAAGGUGUUGAUAUGCAGGGUCUGCGCCUGAAGGCUCCUCCGGUUCGGAUCUUUAUUUUGGGUGCGCGUGCUGAAUCCUCUUUGCCUCGUGACGUGUGGCUGCAGCUCAGCUACAUUUUCCCCCGGUCUCUUAUUCAUCUCAUUUUCAUCGGGCCUGAGAGUAUGGCAAACCGAGACGAGGAGUUCCCUCUUCCAGAACGGACGCCGGAGAAUCCGUUUGGAGGUAUUGUGGAGGACCGACUAGGUGGUCAGUUCAAGAUCACAACGUACGUGGAUUACUUCCACACGAUGUACAAAGCACAGUACUUCCAACCCUUUGACCCGUAUCUGGACUGCAUUGUCCUUUUCCACCCUGGUCUUGGACACCCGGCCAGCUCCCACGAAUGGGAGGAGACUCUACCGCAGCUCCUCGAGACGAAGGUUCCUAUUAUCGCUACCGGCUACACUCAGUGGGAUAUGGAGCGAGACAUCAACUGGGUGAAGGACAAAUGCGCCGGGGAGUUUGAUAUUCUGCUCCAGCCAGGCGAGAACAUCUUCCGUAGUCUGCGGUGGGAUCUCAACGACCUGGAUCCGCAUGACGUAUCUUGUGGAAACUGGGGACUGUGGGCAUUCAGAGGAAAGAGGUAUGUUUUAAAGUCAACAAGCCUGCUAUGA